CACUCUGCCGGGGUCGAGCAGGAUUAUAAAAGCGACUCACAUAGGCGCUCACACACUCCCGAUUGAUUCCCCUUCUGAGACCGAACAAACAGACACUCGCAGCCAAGAUGAGACUCUUCCUCGCAGUUGCCGUAAUGAUGCUGGCCUUCGUCGCCUACACAGAGGCUCAGGAGGACACCAUGGAAGACAAGUUCUCCAGAUUUGGGGAGAAGAUGUCCGAGCUGGGCCAGACCAUGGCUGAGAAGGCCAGGUCCACCUUUGAAACUAUUCACAACAGCGACGCGGCAGUCAAAACCCGCGGCUGGUUCGAGGAGAGGAUGCAGCAGAUCAAGGACUCGUUUCAGUGAAGUAGAUGAAGAGAUGGUGUUUCCCCCCCCCCCCCCCCCCCCCCCACACACACACACACAAACACACAUCUUCACGAUGGACACUCACAUAUCACUCACAUCACCCUCUUGACCAGCAGCAACGUGAAUAGUACCACCAAAUAAAAUAAAAGGUGUUCGGUGAUAACAUUAAUAUUUAUCCUGUAAAGAAAAUAUGAAAUUGCUCAAUUUAAUGCUUGGAAGAAUAUAUGUUGUUUGAUAUGAAUAAAUGAAGAAUUCUGGCCUCUAAA